CCCGGAGCAAAUGGCGUCGUCUCUGCUCAUGAAACCAACAGUGACCAGCAAUAGAGAUGACAUCUAUGUUGCAGCAGUGCCUCUAAGAGCCACAAAAGGACCUGCCCAGCUCCUUACCUCUACUGCUUACUCUCUCAAUCUCUGGGAUUUGCAGCACUUCAUGGUCCUUAUUAAACCCUCCUCACCACCACCAAAUUCUCAGGCUUUGGUUUUUGAUUUUCAACCCGAAGAUCCUGAGAGCAUAUAUGCAGCACUUGCGGUUCUAUCUGGUAAAGCAAUACCAGGAGUUAUUGUAACGAGGAAGUUAUCAAAGCUGCCUAGAACCAAAUGCUGGUUUGUUGGAUCUUCGAAAGUAGGUGCCAUUGAUAUAGCUAGUGAAUUCAACAGAGGCUGGGAAACUCAAUUAAGGGUUGGCCAUCAUGACUGUCGAAACUAUACCAAUGGCCUAGUCGAGAACUUAACAGGCGAAAAGUAUGUCUUGGAUCGCUUGAGAAGUACCGAUACUCGGAAGUAAUUCCUGAAGUAAUCCACACUUGUCAUACAGGAUUGGAGAUUGGGAAUGACACGCUAGAGCUGCUGAAAUAUGGAACUAAUCUAUCUGGCGAAAUCGAACCAACUCCAGCCAGCUCGAAAUGUUUAUGAUAACUUGUAUGUAAAGAACAUAAAUCACAGCAGUGUCACAAGCCUACAGCAACCAACUUGUUAAUGAGUGGGUGCAACAGCUCAGAUUGAAGCAUUGCCAGCACCCACCGAUAUAUCAAUUUAGCACAUCAAUUUCUUUAUUCUUGCGUAUAAAAACUCUACCUUCCCAAACUUGGUAGCUCAAAGUCGAAAACACCUGGGAAAAUCUAUGAAAUUUUUACGCCUGAAACAAGAAUGUGGUGUUGUUCACACUCUGAUUCAAGAAACACAGAAGUGUUUAACUGCUAUUGCUUUACAAAACUGAUAAAAUAACGCUACCAGAAUUGUGAACAUUCCAGAAUAGUACAAUCAGUCAAUACAAUGAUUCAACGAAUAAAGAUUCACAUUGUUAUCUACAACAAACACUUAGAGAAACAUGAUCAUCAACUACUAGUCUACAUGGGUUCUUCCUAAUAAGACCCACAAAACCAAUCGUAAAAUUCCGCAAUGUAAGUCAAGAACUCAGCAAAGCAAUCAAGAAUUCGAAUUCAGAAAAUGCCGAAAAGGACCGAAAAGCCGAGGACGAUGAGCCAGACAAUGUGAACCAACAGCAGAGCCUGAGGGGCAGAACCGCCGCUG